AUGGGCAGCAUUCGUCGGCACAAGAAUGCGAUGAGCGCUCUGCUGGCCGAGUUCUACGACAAGCCCAAUAACAAUCUCGAGUUUGGCGACGAGUUCGACGACUAUCUGCUCAACAAAAAGCGGCGCGAGGACGAGGGCAGCGCCGGCGGCAUGUGUCAGAGCGUUGUGCGCUAUGCCCGCCCACAAAAAGCCAAAGCCGCCUCCGGCGAAUGGAAGUUUAUUGUCAACACGGGUCAGCACACACAAACGCUGCGGCUGGAGAAGUGCAGUAAUCCUGGCGAAAGCUGUUCGUAUCUGGCGCAAACGUAUCGCUCGCACUGUGCGCAGGUCUACAACUACCAUCGUCUGCUGAGCUGGGACAAGGUGCGUGGCCUGCAUGUGGAUAUAUUCAAAGUGCCCACCUGCUGCUCGUGCCAGGUGGACGGCUAUCGGCAGCAGUUUCCGCCGCUCUCAUCCAUCCAGGCCAAGGAGUACUCGCCGGCCGGCUACAAGGUGGCCAGCAAUGUCAAUGGCAAUGGGAACAGCAACGGCUACAGCACCAUUAACGAGGAGGAUCUGGACUACAACGACGAGAGCGACGAGGACGAUUUGGGGCUUAGCUAUGCGCCGUACAACAGUCGCGACAACAACGAGCUGAGCUACCUGAGCAGCAAGAAGGUGCGCUCCAAGCUGCCGGCACCAGCCAGCCACAAUGAGCCGCGCGUCGACAUCGAUCUGGAUCUGUCGCCCAGCGAGACACAGGCCGGACAAGAGGUAAACGUAUUUGGACCAACGCUGGCUGGGGAACAGCCGCGCGUGCCCAUCAAGCGCAAGCGUAUUUAUAGCUCCACCACCCACACAGCCGCAACCGUUGCCAGCGAAGCCGCAGGAGGAUCAGCUCGACUACGCAUACCCAUACACAUAUCCAAAUCACAGAGCACAGCCGCAGCCACAGCCGCAGCCGCAGCCACAGCCGGCAGUCUACCAGCCCGCACAGGAGCCGCAGCCGCAGUCGGUGUCGGUGCUGCCGCCCAUGCCCACCAAGCGUCUGCUGCAUCCAGCGCAACUGCAUCAUUUAACCCUGCCCUCGGCCAGAGUAAGCGCCACAACGCCGCGAGCAAGUCGCGACCACGUUUCUAUGCGCCCGCUGCGACGACGCCCGCAGUCGCUGCCACCUCGAGCCCAGGCAGCUCAGCGGCGCCACUACCGACCACCUACGUCCAGCAGAAGCAGCAGCAGCAGCAGUCGACGGCACUUCCACAGCCGCCACAUGUGAGCUUUACCUUUGGGGAUUUGGGCAUCAGCAACGGCAACGGCACGAGGCGCAUCAACUACAGCUACCAUCCCAUCAUAGAUUUCUUCGAGAAGAACAGACGCGCGGAGGCGACAACAGCCGAGGUUGAGCCGCAGCCGCAGCCGCAGUCUGAGCCAGAGGUGGUGGAGGUGGAGGAGGAUCAGCGCCUGGGCAUGGGCGUCUAUCAGCAUGCGAUGUCCGCCUCGCACGAGCGUCGCAUGGGCUUUGGCUUUGCGGCGACUGGUGCAGCUGGUGCUGGACGCUUUGGUUUUGCCAAUGACAAUGCAUGGCAGCCGCUGGUUGUGGCCCACUAA